AUACGUCAUGAGCGUCUUACUCCCCAACAUGUCGGACUUUGAUACCAUUUUUGAGUUAGAAGACGAAGAGGAUGAGCACGUAGUGAGCGAGGAGAACUUACCCAGAUACUACCCGGAGCCCGUGGUUAUGCGAGGGGCCGGGCACAUCACCGUGUUUGGACUGAGCAACAGAUUUGACACAGAAUUUCCCUCCGUUCUCACAGGCAAGGUAGCUCCGGAGGAAUUCAAAACCAGCAUCGGCCGGGUGAACGCUUGUCUGAAGAAGAACCUGCCCGUGAACGUGAAGUGGCUUCUCUGCGGCUGCCUGUGUUGCUGCUGCACAGUCGGCUGCAGUCUAUGGCCUGUGAUCUGCCUAAACAAGAGAACAAGACGGUCGAUUCAGAAGUUGUUAGAGUGGGAGAAUAACAGAUUAUACCACAAGCUUGGGCUGCACUGGAAGCUCAGCAAAAGAAAAUGCGAAAGCAGCAACAUGAUGGAAUAUGUGAUUCUUAUAGAAUUCUUACCUAAAUAUCCUAUAUUCAGACCGGACUGAGGGCUGUUACCAGACAGGAUGUGUGGCCCUUAAAUCCUCUCCUUAGUGCCUUGUACAUACAGUAUGUUGGAAUAAGGGUCCGCACUGACUCGUCUCUCAUAACCCCCCCCCCCGUUAAAGUUUGCAACACUGUCACUUUGCUUUAUAGCAGAUUUUGCACAUUUGUCCCAGACAUGCCCCCUUUUCUUCCGCUGUCUUUGUUGCACUCUAAUGUGUUUUUUGUUAAACAUGUUAAAACAAACGAAACUCUAAAGAAAAAAAGAAAAAGUGCAUUUAACCCCAAAGAACCUUCAACCUGAAUCCUGUCUGUUACAAUCCCUUGCAAAGAAUGUGAUGCCUCCACCCUCUGUAACCCCCCCUCCAGCCCCCUUUGCCUUAUGUAUCAUUUAAAACAUAUUUAUCCACAAACAUUUCUAAGUGUAACUGGAGAUCUAACGAGUGAUCUAACAGGUGUGUAGAUUUAAAUCUUUGAAUCCAGUUCUUUGCAGGUUUAUGGGAUGGUUGAAGUUGCCUAAUGCACAGCAUACGUCACCGCCCUAUGUUUAACCCUUUGUACAACUAGCUAAUACAAGAACUUGACCUGUAACUAUGUUAGAAUAAGCUGUACAAUGGUGUAUUUUUGUUUACAUAAACUAGUUAUUUAGUUUUUUUGCCAAUAUAUUGCUGUACCAUAGUUUUGAUUAAUGAAAGAUGUCUAUAUGUACCUUCCUAGUUUAUAUAAACCUGUUUACCUUGUAAGCCAUAUAGUGACAGUGUAUCUGAUGCCAGAUUUACGACUGAGUUUUGCACUUGAGCCUGAAGGAGAGUCCAGAUUUCAGAUGGCAGUGCAUCUUGAAUAUUCAAACAGUGACAAAAGAAUUUUUUUUGCCAUUUGAGGUGACAAUAAGUCAUCAUUUGUUAAACAUAAAUGUUUGUAAAUCUUCUCUUUUAAUAUCCCAGGUUUUAUUAGUUUUGUAGUUUUAUACUCCUCCCCUCUUCUUAUGAAGCACUUCCUUUUACAUUACAGUUAAAGAGAUGACUCCCUCAUUCCACUCAUCAUCUCAAGUGAUGAGUAUUAUUCAAGUAUUAUUUUCCUGCUGUCUAGACAUUAGACAUUUCAUUGUAAUAGAGUGCCUCUGGAUAGUACAGAACCUCAGAGAAAAACAGGUUGAAAUCCAUCGUUCUCCGCGACGACGACUGUAAAUCCUCCCAUUAUUGUUGCAGUUCAUGUAAAUAUUUGACAAUUCCUUCGAAGAGCAGAAAUAAAGGGUUGAUUUCCAUUUUU